GGUUUCGACCCGAAGCCCUAAACUUUUAAGAGGUGCAGAACACGUUGUUUAGCUGAAAAUUUGCAGGUUUCAAGGGCCAUCAGUCUCCACAGUUAUGGAGCCUUUAACCGCAUAGAAACCCCAACUCUCGUCCUUAAAUGCACCCCCAUCUGCCCCCGCCCAGAGCACACCUCCACCUUCCAACACCUAGCCAUCUAGAGAGAGAGAGGUGGUACUUAUUCACACUUGUUAAUUAUCAGAAGCCAGUCUUGAGAGUUAGUUUUAGAGAGAGAUGGAGUGGUUCAUAGGACUGGUGGGUUUCAUAUUUUGGGGGCUCUCUUUGGGGCAUGGCCAGCCAUUGGUGCCAGCUAUGAUGAUAUUUGGAGACUCAACUGCUGAUUGUGGGAAUAACAAUGGUCUCUACACUCUCGUGAAGGCCAAUUUCCCCCCUUAUGGCCGCGACUUUGUCGACCAUUCUCCUACUGGGAGGUUCUGUAAUGGCAAGCUCGCCACAGAUAUCACUGCCGAUACAUUGGGUUUUACUUCAUACCCACCUCCAUAUCUUGGUUCUCAACCUGCUCCAAAAAACUUCCUCAUCGGUGCGAACUUCGCCUCUGCUGCUUCCGGUUACUACGACAGGACUGCACAGCUCUAUCAUGCAAUUCCAUUAUCAAAGCAAAUGCAGUAUUACAAGGAGUACCAGUCAAAGGUGAUUAAGAUGGUGGGGAAGGCAAAGGCUGAAACCAUAUUCUCAGAUGCUCUCUAUGUUCUUAGCACAGGCAGCAGCGACUUUGUGCAAAAUUACUAUAUUAAUCCUGUAGUCAACCGAGCCUACAACCCAGAUCAGUUCUCCGAUAUUCUCAUUCAGUCCUUCACAAAUUUUGUACAGGAAAUAUACAGCUUAGGGGCGAAGAGAAUAGGGACUACAUCUCUGCCCCCAGUAGGGUGCCUGCCUGCCUCAAUAACCCUAUUUGGCAUGGGGAGCAAUCAAUGCGUUGGAAGGCUCAACACUGAUGCACUUGCUUUCAAUAGGAAGCUUAAUUCAGCUGCCCAAGCUUUGUUAAAGAAGCUCCCUGGCCUUAAGAUGGUCAUUUUCGACAUUUACAAGCCUCUUUAUGAUCUUGCCAAGAAUCCUACCAAUAGUGGAUUCUUCGAGGCAAGGAGGGCAUGUUGUGGAACAGGGACCAUAGAGACAUCUUUACUAUGCAAUGCAAGAUCACCAGGCACCUGUUCAAAUGCCACUGGAUAUGUGUUUUGGGAUAGUUUCCACCCCUCUGAGGCAGCUAACCAAGUCUUAGCUGAUAGUAUCAUGGCGCAAGGGAUCUCUCUUAUCUCCUAAAACCCUAUUUCUCCUCCUUUACAAUUGUGGCUUAAUGAUAUUUACAAACACCUAGUAUCUUUUA